GCGCCCAGCAAUUGGCGCUCAUGCACAGACGCACGCACUCACACACACACACACACACAGGCAGACGCCCGUGCGUGCAGACACCACCCACCACCCACAUGCAUCGUGAAGGAGAGGCACGCUCUUCAGGCAAGGAGGCUGAACGGCGGGCAAAGGAUUAGUGGCCACUCGAUUCGCAGCAAGCUUUUCGAGUGACACAGCCAUUUGUCUGAAGGGUUGAAGUGAGAUUACCUUUACCUUGCUCCCCCUGUUGCAUGGUGUGACACAGUGGGGACGGUGUCGAUUUAGCGUGCUGCUCCUCCGCGUCGUCUGCCAGUGCAAGUAAACUUGGCGCUCGAUUCGUCAGAGCCAUGGGCUCGCUGGUUCGGAUGCUGAAUCGCCUGGCGGAGCCGGCUUUCAACUGGGCUUCGCGUCGUUACCAGGCGGCCGUCGCUGCGGAGCUGAAGAAGUACGGAUUGCGGUGGGACGACCUGUAUGAUGAAAUGUACGAUUUGGACGUAGGAGAGGCGUUAAGAAGACUCCCUCAGUCGGAAGUUGAUCUCCGGAAUCAAAGGCUGAAAAGAGCGAUUGAUCACUCAAUGAAGCAUACUUACCUGACGAAGGAGUUGCAGGAGAAACAGACGCCGUACGCGUUCUACGUGCAGGACGUGUUGGAGCAAGUCAAGCUGGAGCGCCAGGAGAGGGCAGAGUUGGGCUCGGACAUGCCGUAUAACCGAAGCAUUCCUUAAAAAAACAAAAGUGCGGCGGAGCAAAAGGGAAAGCGCUGAGCUGAGGGAAGGAGGGAUGGCAGCGAAUGACUGCUCACAGAGUUUGCACAGGUGCAAGUUACGGAAGCAUUCACUGUUUUUUUUUCUGCACUCUGUAUUUGUACUUAGUAGGUGAUGGCAACAACAUACAUCAUCUUGGAGGAAGAGGACGGAUGGAGUGACUCCCCGUGGGCAGCAAGCGUUUCCUAUUUGUUCUCAACAUGCUGCGUGCGGUGAUGCGGAACGAACGUCGUGUGCGACCGCAGCGAUGCGAAACCAACGUCCCGUGCAUGUGAAGCUUAUUGUGAUGCGAAACCAACCUCAAAUGUAUGAUCCUUAAUUGUACAAAGGGAAUUGCAAUGACAUGAGUGCACGGGAGUCUGAACCUCGACCCUAAAGGGACUUGGGGGGGGGUCACACACACGCGCACAUGCACAUGCACAUGCACACGUGCACACACACCCACACACCCACACACCCACCCACACACACACACACACUUAACACAUGCAAAGCAGCAUUACGUUUGUUGGAAUGGCACAUACACUCACACACACACACACAUCAUACACACACACACACGCACGCACACACACACACACACACACACACACACACACACACACACACACACACACACACACACACACACACCACACACACUUAACAUAUGCAAAGCAACAUUACGUUUGUUGGAAUAGCGUGAAAUUGUAGUGGAAUUGUGUGCACAGGUACGAAGUGAGAUGAGGUGCAAGACAAAGGGGGAGGAGGGGAAUGUGAUACGUCUAUGUUUUCUACUCUACUUUUGGAAUCAAUGAAGUGUAAGAGGGGAGUCGACUGUCAAAUCACUCAAAAUUAUUUUCAUUUCACAGAAUUGUACGAAUGCUAUCGAUACAUUCAUGCUGCUGCUUCUUCAUCUUCGGCUUUCGUUCUUUGGUAAUAAUUUUCCUUUUUUUCCUGUAGAUUUCUUCUUGCGAUUUCUUUGGUGGGCUUGUAUCAAGUUGUAUGAAAUUGCUCAGUGGGUUUUAUUGACUAUUGAAAAGAUGGAAGGCAAGUGUGGUCUGACAUUGAGAAUUGAAAAUAGAUGAAUUAAUAGAAUUAUAGUAAUUAUUAUACCAAGGAGCAUAGCUCAGCUGGUGACCAAGAGAACUGUUGAAACACGGACCCAAGUUCGAAUCCAAAUGAUGGAACCAGAUGAAUGAAAUAAUAUUUCUACA